AUGGAGCAAAUUUUGGCAAAAAAGGCCGCUCAGCGGCAUCGCGGUUCGGUGCUGAAUACAGUGAAGAUGUUCUCAAAUAUUGUUGCAAAAACGGAAGAGGAAUUGAAAAGAGAUCCUGGCUCAUCAACGUAUGUGGAGCCGAAAUACGAUAAAAAUUCGAGUGACUACGGCCGGCCACCGCCCGGCAGCAAAACGGAGAGACGGGGAAUUAAGGCAGGAGUUCACGUUUGCCGAGAGGUGCUCUUCCUGAUGGAGAAAAUUGACGAGAGCGCUGAGGGUUCUCCGCCUCAUAAAUACGUAGCUUUUGGACGUCUUUUUUAUAUUUACGCCCUAUAUUCAGAUAAGCUGGUCGGCAUGUUGCUAAGAGCCCGAAAGUAUGGCCUUGUGACUUUCGACGGCGAGAUGCUUUAUCAAGGACAAGAUGAUAGCAAGCUUAUCGUGAUGAUGAUGCCAAUCGAGGAGAUUCGAGAACGGUUGAAGCCGUCUGGAGAUCCAAAAAAUUGCAUCACUCUCCUACAACACGAAAAUCCCCUU